AUGUAUAAAUGGACAUGUACAUUCAUUUUGAUUAGAAAAGGAUAUGGUGUUUUCAAAGCUGAUAAGCCUGCUUGCAAAGCUACAGUGAAAACAGAUUGUGAUGCAAUUACGAUUACAAUGAUACAAUGUCUUUCAACAAUUAUUAAAAUAACUAAAUAUUCUGAAAUUGAAAAUAAGUUAAUGAAUUAUUUUAGGUGUCACGUGUACCAAGUUUUAGAUAUAAUUAUAGUCACAAUUGCUGUGUCUCAGCCUCUGUACAAAAUUUUAAAAUAUAUACCUUAUCAAUACUCAAUGAGAAAUAUUGCUAUUAUAUCUGAUUCUGCUGAUUUGAUUUUUGAAUGGAACAGAUCUAAAAUUAGAGAUUUCAUGUGGCUGUGCCAAAACGCCGUGAUGAAGCCCAAGGCCGCACCGAUGGACAAACGAAAGAUGUUGCCAAAACGCCCACGCCUGGAAAAUCUGCGCGGCCCAAUUUCAAACGGCCCCAUGCAGACAAGACCCCUAGUGGCAUUGUUGGAUGGCAGGGAUUGUUCUAUAGAAAUGCCUAUUCUCAAAGAUGUAGCUACCGUAGCUUUCUGUGAUGCACAGUCUACAUCAGAGAUUCAUGAGAAGGUACUCAAUGAAGCUGUAGGAGCCCUAAUGUGGCACACUAUAAUUCUCACAAAAGAAGAUCUUGAAAAAUUCAAGACCUUGAGAAUUAUUGUUCGCAUUGGAAGUGGUGUUGAUAAUAUUGAUGUAAAGGCUGCUGGGGAACUAGGCAUUGCUGUUUGUAAUGUACCUGGGUAUGGAGUGGAAGAAGUGGCGGACACAACACUAUGUCUCAUCCUCAACUUGUACCGGCGCACCUACUGGCUAGCCAACAUGGUGAGAGAUGGCAAGAAAUUCACAGGCCCUGAGCAGGUCCGUGAGGCAGCUCAGGGUUGUGCCAGGAUACGUGGAGACACCCUUGGCAUUGUUGGCCUAGGUCGAAUUGGCUCAGCAGUAGCACUACGAGCAAAAGCUUUUGGAUUCAAUGUAAUUUUCUAUGAUCCCUACUUACCAGAUGGGAUUGAGAAGUCCCUUGGUCUUACUCGUGACUUGCUUUUCCAGUCAGAUUGUGUGUCGCUGCAUUGCACUCUUAACGAACACAACCACCAUUUAAUCAAUGAGUUUACUAUUAAGCAGAUGAGGCCUGGUGCAUUUUUGGUCAAUACAGCUCGGGGAGGGUUAGUGGAUGACGACUCAUUAGCCACUGCACUGAAACAAGGCCGCAUAAGAGCAGCUGCCCUAGAUGUGCAUGAAAAUGAGCCCUAUAAUGUGUUCCAAGGCCCUUUGAAGGAUGCACCAAACCUUUUGUGCACACCACAUGCAGCAUUUUACUCUGAUGCCUCUUGCACAGAGCUGCGUGAAAUGGCUGCCAGUGAGAUUCGACGAGCCAUUGUUGGACGCAUUCCGGAUUGCCUCCGUAAUUGUGUGAAUAAAGAAUAUUUCCUGAAUCCGUCUGGCUAUGCUGAGGGGAUCAAUGGAGGCUACUACGCUGGGACACUGCCUGUACAGCAAGCCCACUCCACCACACCUCAUGACCAGGUACCACAUUCAGUGGCAGCAAGUGGGGGGAGCGCUGGAGCAUCAGGCCCUGGCGCUGCGGGGGCGGUUCCUGGACUGCCACACAGCAUACCGCUCAGCACUCCUGACCCAUCUAACCACCAUUCUCAAAAGCCUGAGUCGUCAGAAGUGCACUAACGUCAAUAUGUCAACCUCUUCUGAAGGAAGAUCAGUUUGGAAACAAGUUUUACAAUUUUCUCCUCUUUUCCAAGAGCAAAAAGAAGAAAGGAAUCAGAGGAGAUUUCUUUAUCCGAAGCAGCGGAGCAUUUUGUCAUCUAUGAUCCGUUAAAUCUGAUUUCUUUAAUUUACUGAAUAGUUAUGUGCAUAAAGGAAAGGAAAUGUAAACUUUUUCAAAAAAAAAAAAUAUAAAUAUUGACGUAACGUACAGAAGAUAAUGGCAGUGCUCUUUUAAAAAAAAAAAAUUUUAGAAAAUCAAGUACAAAUCCUCCCAGGAUAAUGUGAGAUGUGCCCCUGGAUUCCUUGUGACCUGUUGUCCGCUAUCAGUUCAUUAUUUACCUCAGAUCCUUUUUAAGUUUGUCUAAUCUGAUGUGUGACAGUUCUGCUAGUUUUUGAAGAAGUUUGUGAUAGAAAAAUUGUUUAAUGCAUUAUGUUAUUUGUAAUAACUGUAUGGCCGCAGGAUGUUAUAUGAUGUGUGUACUUUGAUGCCGUUUGAUGUGAUUGAUGUGUACUAUGGCACUUCUGUAAUAACCAUCACCAGUUUAAUAUACAUAUUUACUAAAAGUGUAUUUUUGGAUGUGAAAAAGCAUAUGUGAGAGAAUUUUGUGGUCUGCCAGGAUGUAAGUGCCAAAACUGAAUGAUUAGCUGUCCAUAAAUAUCCAUUGUCCAUAUACUUGUGUAUGUUUGCAUACCUGUACUUAUAGAUGUUAAUGAAAUUGACAAAAUUACUAAAUGGCAUCCAAUAGUUCUAUAGAUUUCAGGGGACAUAAGUUGCGAAUUCAAUGUUUGGAAAAUCUGGAAAAUUGAAUUUGUGAAUUCUUCUAUUUCUUGCAUGUUGUCAAUUGACCAAAACAAAAAUUAGAUAAAGCUCUUCUACUUAUUUUUAAAAAUAUUAAUAUAUUGGCAGUGAAGGGAAAAGCAAGUAGUUCUGGAUUUAAAAGAAUGGUUGUGCCUUAUGUGAAUACUGCUUCUUUGUAUUUUGUGAUUUUUGAUACAACAUUGGCUGUCUUUGUUUCUUUGCUAAAUCACAAUUUCUUUGAUGUGUUCAUAAAUGGACAUUUUUUGAACCUAACCUGUGUGUAUGAAUUACAGUCAAAACUUUGAAUAUAACACUUUUUGUUGUAUACUAGUAGUUGAUGUGUAGUGUGUAUGGUUUUUUCAAAUAAGAAACUAACAGAAAUUGACAGGUAUGCAUAAUCUUGAAACUGUUUUUCUUCAUUGUACAGUUGUGAACUUUUUUGCAAUAGGAACAGUAUUGAGUUGCCUAUGCAACUCACUGCAAUUUAAGCAGUUGGUGCCUAAAAUUAUUCUUGUUCUUGUGCAUUAGCUUGGAGCGAAGUUUGCUUUAGCCACACAAUCACAAUGUAGUUCGGUUUUUGAAGCAAGAACCAAACUAUGUAAGUUACAUGUUAACAUCGGCUCCUGGUCAGAGAACUUGUAGUACAAAAUUGAGUGGCUGGGUGUGCUGGUGUGGUUCCCAUUUUCCUCAUUGCUCAUGUCACUGGUCCUUGUUUAUUCUGGGGCACAUCUGAGAGUCUGAAUAACUGAAAAUUAGAUAUGAUGGAGUUGUGUGCAUGAAAACUGUUUUGAUUGACAAGUAGAUAUGGUGGUGGAUAAGACAUUCUAUCAAGCACUAAACAUGUCUGGAAGAAAUAAGAUUUGUUGUCUUAAUGACAACAGGAAGUGGAUGCUUUCCAUGGUACCAAUGUUUAAUUUUGUUGGCAUUUGAUGGCAGCGUCAAGCAUCACAGCUGUUUCUUCUCUGGCAAUGACAGAUACAAGUAUAUUCAAAGUCCAUUUGCUGUUACUCCUUAAUGGUCAGUCUGGAUUUUAAUUCCUACAAGUUCUUUGAUGCCGUCAGUGGAUGCUAUUGCAAGUGUGUGCAUUGGUCCAAGACUCAUUUUAAUUUUGGUGGCUUUUUAAGUCAAAGAAUAUCAAAUACAUCUUGUUGUGACUGAGGUGAAAGUGAUUCAUGAAGUUUAGUGGAAUUGACAGAAAUGAUUUUCUUUUUUAAAAAAAAAAAUCUUUUAUCUUCUCUAGUGCUGGAGUGGAUUUCUGGAGCUGAAGAAAAAUCAAGAACCUGAAGAAAUGAUGUAGCACAUUUUUGUUUUUCGCAAGACAAGAGAUGUGUUAGAAUAUUGAUUAUUCUAGCCAUUGAGAAUAUGGACUCCCAAGAUAAAGUGACUCUUUGCAUUCACAAUGGUGUGUAGACAUGUUUUCAAACACUAUCACUCUCAUUUUUCUAAGUUGCCGAAUGGUAAUACGAUGUAAUAUCCAAUAUCUUGUUUCCUCUUUGCAUGACACUUCUGCCAUGGGUUCUAAUGUUAUACUGUUACUGAAGUCUCAAUGGAUCAGAAGAUUGUCCAUGUUUUGACAUAAUCAACAAGUGUUCAGCCAGUUACAAUAAAUAUGUUAUCAGUUCCCCAUGACAUCACUAUGGGAUGAUUUGUAAACAGUGGAUGAGAACUGUCUAAAUUCAUGUGAUGCAUUUUCACAAAUUUAUGGGCAUUUGGGGCUCCUCAGCUGCAAUCAGUUUGUUUUUUAAAGUUUUUUUCCACUUUACAUAGUUAAUUGAAUAGAUUAUGUUUUUGUUGUAAGUAUUUUUCUCCCUGUUGGAAAAUCCAUGAGAACAGUGGCCAUCUGUGCCUGAAGUGCAUGUGCACAAAGUUGUGGGGCAUGUUAUAUUUCUACUGUGCUAAAUCAAUAUAUGUUGUCUUAUAUCUAAAUGUACAUAUUUGUGUAUGAAUAGAUUACAUUUUGAGUGCAUUUUUAGUACAUCUUAUUACGUCUCUUUCUUGGAAAUAAGAAGCCUCUGUAAAUACAUGGGAAAAUAGUUCAUUAUUAUUAUUAUUAUUAUUAUUGGGUUCAGAGUUGGUAUGUAUUGAAAGGCAAGUAGUAAGGAAAUUUCUUUAAACUUCAGUUUGUAUUUUUGGAAGCCUUACAUUGCUUUGCUGAGGAGAAGGAUUGAAAAAAAUGUUCUUCUGUUCUUCAUGACUCAUUAUGGCAUGAAGUGGAAUAAAGAGAUCUUUAACAUUACAGAUAAGUCAACAUGGAAAAUCUUAAUCUUUCCUCUCCUCCCUGUUUCCUCUUGACUGGAGAUUUACUGAUGUGAUGUGAACUUCUCUAAAAGCUAUGUGGUGUAGUAAAAUAUGAAGAAAAUUAUAAUUCUAUUUUUCUUAAAAAUACAAUUGAAAAUGGUUCAAAUGAUUGACACAUAUUUCAUUUUAUUCUGGUUAAUUCUGCAUUUUAAAUUUUUGUUGUGAAUAGUCUUAUUUGUUUAUAAUUGUUGUUUCAUGCUGAACGUUAGUCAUUCUUUGUUUUUAGUGAAAAAAAGUGUAUAUGCAGGACCUACAUAUCGGCUUGGAAUCAUUCCAAAUGAAUAUAUUUCUGUUUCGUGAAGGCUUACUGUUAAAGAAUUCAUGUAGGAUUUGUGAUGGAUGCGAAGAAAUGGGAGAUAAUUAAUAUUUUGGGGGGGGGGGUUCUCUGAUACGCAACAGUAAUGAAAGCUAGCAUGAUUGGUUAAGCAUCACAUAACAGUUUUAUUUUAAUUGCCAAAUAAAUAUGUUCUAAAAUGUACAGCAGGUUGAUAUAUCAAAUUUUCAAAAGUCUGCCAACACACUUUGAUUGUGCAACCCUUUGUAUUUGGAUAUCCCUGCUGAUGCUUGUAAAAAGUCUUGGUAAACUAGGGCUGCCAAACAAUAUAUAUCAUCGUACUUCUUAUUCCAGAUAGUGCUUUGUAAUGGUUCUUUAUUUGAUUGUUGAUAUGAGUAUUUACUAGCUCACAGUCUGAUACAUUUUUACAUUCUCCUGUUGCAUCUUUUAAGAAAUAUCAUUUACUGUUAUAGUCUUCAAGAGUAAACGUGAAUGUAAAUGGAAUAUAUAGAGAGGGUACAUACAUUGAAAAGUAUUGAGAAUAUUGGUCUUGAAAUUAAUGUGUGAUUUAUAUUGAAUGGCAUCCAUUCUAGUAGUUUAUUCUGUGUACCUAUUUUCUGCAUUUUUCUGACUAGUAUUUUAUAUGUGACUAGUUUUUCUUCCAAGUGCCAAUAUGGUUGUGGUUAAAGAUUAUCC